UACACUUUGAUAUCUGUCAAAUUAUCCAGUUGUAUUUUUGCAAUUAUCUAUUGCCGGAAUAUUUUUCACUGAUAAUAAUAAUUAGUGUACUGUAAUACUGUAGUGAGUCAGUUUACUAUAUUAUAUGUGAAUUGUGAAUUUUAUAAGAAGUCGAUUGAGUUUAUUCUUAUUAAUUUUAAACAAUGGCUAGAAAAAAGAAAGGACAAAACAAAAAUGACCAAGCAGGAGGUGAUUCUUCUGCUACCCACCCAGAUACUCCUGGACCCUCAUCUGCACCUCAAGGUCCUGGUGGAGAUAAUCCUCAAUCACAACAGAAACCCACAGGGGUAGGUUCAUCACAACAGGAACAAAGCUCACUUGGUAAGCAGGAACAAGAUCAAUGGCAACAGCAACAAAGUCGAGGGAAAAAACAGCAAAAAUCAACCUCUGGAGAAGCGCCACCACAGCAAAAGGUCCCUCCUGAAGGAGCACCACAACAGCAAGGUGCCUGGCAAAGAGGAGCACCUCAACAACAAACUGCUUGGCAAGGAGGAGCACCUCAACAGCAACAAACUGCUUGGCAGGGAGGAGCUCCACAACAAGGACGAGGACAACAACAGGGUCAAGGGCGGGGGCAACAACAAGGGCGAGGACAGCAACAGGGUCAAGGACGAGGACAACAACAGGGUCAAGGACGAGGACAACAACAGGGUCAAGGGCGAGGACAGCAACAGGGUCAAGGACGGGGGCAACAACAGCAGAGGAGUCCUCCUGGAUUGGCACCACAACAGCAGGGUCAAGGACAAGGGCAACAGCCACAAAGAGGACCCCCUGGGUUGGCACCACAGCAGCAGGGACAAGGACAACAAUCCGCUUGGCAACAACAACAAAGAGGGCCCCAUGGAUUGCCACCACAGCAACAGGGUCAAGGACAAGGGCAACAAUCCGCUUGGCAACAACAACAAAGAGGACCCCCAGGAUUGGCACCACAGCAGCAGGGUCAAGGGCAACGGCAACAAUCUGCUUGGCAACAACAACAAAGAAGUCCUCCUGGAUUGGCACCACAGCCGCAGGCUCAAGGACAAGGGCAACAGCAACAAAGAAGACAACAACAACCAUUCGAACAGCCAAGGACCUCUUCCCAACAACAAGGUCCACAGCAGCAACAGGCUCAAUCUGUGGUACCAUAUGAAUCUGGUCUUCAAACCAAGAUGCAAAAGUUGUCUACCCAAGGUCGUUUGGGGGGAACCAAAGGAAGAAAAAUUAUGGUGGAAACAAAUUACCUGUCCAUUGACUUUGGCAAAUUGACAAAAGCCUUCCAUUAUGAUGUACAAAUAACACCUGAUACACCCAAAAGAUGGUUGCGUCAAGUUUUUGAAGAAGUCAGAAGAAUACAUUUUCCCAAAAACUACCUUGCAUUUGACGGAAAAAGAAAUAUGUACAGUGCCGUUGAAUUGAUGCAGCGGAAUGAUGCUGUAAAUGCAGAGAUCCAGUUUACAGUCCCAAAUGAAUCCAAAACGAAAGACUACAAGGUAAGCGUGAAAUUUGCAAGUGAAGUAGAUCUGAGCCCACUUCGAAACAUGAAGGCAAACUCCUCUCAGCAAGCAAUGCAAUGUGCCGAGAUCGUUUUACGAAGCGCUCCUUCCAUGAAGUGUAUUCAGGCAGGCAGAAGCUUUUUCACGCAACCUCCAGGGGUCAUAAACUUAGGGGAAGGCAUGGAAAUGUAUUACGGAUUCUAUCAAACCGUUGUUAGAGGAUGGAAGCCAUUCUUUAAUGUGGAUGUUGCUCAUAAAGCUUUUCCUAAAAGGAUGAACGUUAUAGACCUAAUUGCGGAACUUGCAAGUGAUUGGAGAACAACAGUUACUCGAGAUAAUUUGAAAGAUCGAGAUCUUGAUCCUAGAGUAGCUGAAAAGCUGACUAAAUUCUUGAGGACUUUACGAAUCAGUUACGAAAUGCCUGGAAUGAAAAGAGAGUAUAGGGUGAACGGAAUAGGUGCAUCUUCGAGAAAAACUAUGUUUUCUCCAGAUGGUAGUAGACCAAUAUCGAUCGAGGAAUACUUCCUACAGAAAAAAAAUUACAAAUUGAAUUACCCAUUGAUGCCUACAAUUUGGGUUGGCAGUCCUCAAAGAAAAGAUAAAAUUUUACUACCAGCCGAACUGUGCACAGUGUUAGAAAAGCAAGCUGUCAAUCGCAAAAUGACUGAUAAUCAAACGUCAAAUAUGAUUAAAUUUGCAGCAACUUCAACUCAAAUUAGGAAGGACAAAAUAAUGAAUUCAUUGGCGAAUACCAGACAUAACGAAGAUGCCUGCAUUAGGGAAUUCGGUUUCAGGAUAAAUAACGAUUUUGAAAGAGUCGAAGCAAGAGUUCUUCAACCACCUGCACUGGAAUAUGGUAAUGGCGUAACUUGUAUGCCUAGUAAAGGAGUUUGGAGGGCGGAUAACAAUAAAUUUUUCAAAGGCGCAACGAUGGCUUCAUGGAUCAUUAUUUCUACAUCUGGAAAUCUAAGUAGAGAAUGUUCGAAUCUGGCUAAUUUGAUAUCAAAUCAAGGUGCUAAAAGUGGCAUGAGAUUGUCUCCUACUCCAGGACCUUUCGACUUUGUGCAAAACAGGUUUGUUCAACCAAAGGACGUAGUUAAUAUCUUGCAAAAAUACCAUGAUAAGUAUGAUAUAAUUUUCGUUAUAAUUCCUGAUAGUGGUCCCAUCUAUUCUCACGUCAAAAAAACUGCAGAGAUAAAUCUGAAUUGUCUCACGCAGUGUAUAAAGCAGAGAACGCUGAGGAAAAUGAGUCCGUCUACGGUUGGCAAUAUAUUACUCAAAGUGAACAGUAAAUUAAGUGGUACCAACCACUGUUUGAAAUUUAAACCGCCCAUACUGUCGGAACCUUGUAUGAUAAUGGGGGCCGAUGUAACACAUCCAAGUCCAGAUUCCACCAGUAUUCCCAGCGUUGUAGCUGUUACAGCAUCUCAUGACCCGCAAGCUUUGUUUGGAUAUAACAUGUGUUGUCGCCUCCAACUACCUACCGUCGAGAUUAUUGAAGAUCUGGAGGAAAUAACCAAAGAACACUUGAUGUACUUCUACAAGAUGAACAAUGGUCAAAAACCCUAUAGAAUAAUAUUCUUCAGGGAUGGCGUUUCGGAAGGACAGUUCAACGAAGUGAAACAGAUAGAAUUGUCGGCUAUCAAGAGAGCCUGCAAGAAAAUGCAGGAUGGUUACGAGCCUGCCAUCACGUUCAUAGUAGUACAAAAGAGACACCACACACGAUUUUUCCCUAAUAAAAAGGAUUCCGACGACAGAAAUUGUAAUGUACCAGCUGGAACCUGUGUGGAUACCGUGAUUACCAGUCCUAACGUGCAAGAUUUCUAUCUGGUUUCACACGCUAGUAUUCAGGGAGUGGCGAAACCUACCAAAUAUUCUACUUUGUGGGACGAAAACGAUAUGAGUUACGACACCGUAGAAGAGCUAGCCUACUAUUUGUGUCAUCUUUUCUCCAGAUGUAAUAGGUCAGUCAGUUACCCUGCACCCACCUACUAUGCCCAUUUGGGGGCAGCAAGAGCUAAGGUAUACAUUGAGAAUGACACAAUAAACUUUAACGACUUGAAAAAAGAAGAGAGGAAAUUGAAUAAUGAAAAAAUAAGGAAGGAAAAUCCUAUGUUUUUCGUUUAGAUUGGGGAUGUGUAGUCGUCCAUAUUAUAAUAUCUUCCGCUGACUAAGCUAGAUGUGGUUAUAACGUACAUUCUUCAAUGGUUAGGAGAUACUUUGUUAUUGUUGAAAUCAAUUGAUGCUGUUGCUUUCUCUGCUUAUAUAAUUAAAUUAACAUUAACUCUCUGAGGAGUAUUGUAAUCUUUAUUAGGGACUAACUCUGAAUAUUAGAAAUAUAUUUUACUUUCAAUUAUUGUAGUUUUUUGAUUUGUAAGAUGUAUUUUGUUGAAUAUAUAUUUAUACAAAUAUAUCGAUGGGUAAUAAAAUUUUUGUGUUGGAA